GUACACGCGCGCGCACACACUUCUCCUUCUUCCUGCAUCAUAGCCCGCUGUACCAUCGCACAUUUACGUAAUAGCCUACUCUCGUGAACAAGCUGACCUGUUGUAAAUGCUCGAGGAUCUUACAUCUCUUUGCAAGCACGCUGGCUGUAAAAUCAGCGGAAGAAAAAGUGAAGCCUCCACAGGAAAAUACUAAAACAUUAGACAGAGGAUUGGAUUAUUGAUAGGCUAAAUACCAGUUUACUUAAUUAAAGGUUUCGUUGUGGCAAGACAUUCCCUGGCUAUAGGGCACAGACUGCCAUGCCAUUUGGUUGUCUGACACUCGGGGAGAAGAAGGAUUACAGCAAUCCCUCAGAGGUGGCCGACAAAUAUGACCUCGGACAAAUUGUUAAAUCAGAGGAGUUUUGUGAGAUAUUCCGGGCGAAGGAUAGGAACACCUUGAAAAUGUACACCUGUAAAAAGUUCCACAAAAAGGAUGGAAGGAAAGUGAGGAAAGCUGCCAAGAAUGAGAUAAUGAUCUUGAAGAUGAUAAAACAUCAUAACAUCCUCCAGCUGGUUGACACUUUUGAAACUAAGAAAGAGUACUUCCUUUUUCUGGAGCUCGCUACAGGCAGAGAGGUGUUUGACUGGAUCUUAGAUCAAGGAUACUACUCGGAGAGGGACACCAGCAAUGUUAUGAGGCAGGUGUUGGAAGCUGUAGCUUACCUUCACUCUCUGAAAAUUGUCCACAGAAAUAUUAAGCUGGAGAACUUGGUGUACUUUAAUCGUUUGAAGCACUCCAAAAUUGUUAUCAGUGACUUCCAGUUGGCAAAACUGGAAAAUGGACUAAUUAAGGACCCAUGUGGGACUCCAGAAUAUCUUGCUCCUGAGGUGGUUGGGAGGCAGAGAUAUGGACGACCUGUGGACUGUUGGGCCAUAGGUGUCACCAUGUAUAUACUUUUGUCUGGAAACCCUCCUUUCUAUGAUGAUGCUGAUGAAGACGAUGAUCGUGAUAAAAAUCUUUUCCUAAAGAUUUUGUCAGGGGACUAUGAAUUUGAUUCACCAUAUUGGGAUGACAUUUCAGAUUCUGCGAAACACUUAGUGGCAUCUUUGAUGGAAGUAGACCAAGAUCAGCGAUUGACUGCACAGGAAGCUAUUGCCCAUGAAUGGAUUUCUGGAAAUGCUGCUUCAGACAAGAACAUCAAGGAUGGCGUUUGUGCACAAAUAGAAAAGAACUUUGCAAAGGCCAAGUGGAAGAAAGCUGUUAGAGUGACCACCCUCAUGAAGAGACUUCGAGGGCCUGAGCAGGGGGAUUGUGGGGCCUCCGGUCUUGCUGUAGGGGCUGCAGCUGACUCCAACACGCAGAGCGGUGCUCCUGCUCCUCCAGGUGGCAGCAGCGGAAGUGUUGCUGCCAGUCUACAGGCUGUUCUAAGUGAAAAGGCUUCUGACACACAGACUGCCACCAUCUCUGCUCUCUCCCUGCCCAGUGCGGCCAGACAGGAAGAGCAGCCACAGGCCCCGUGCAAUGGCGAUGUUCCCCAAAUGUUGCCACAAAGAAAGGGAGACUAGGCGUCAAACAAAUAUGAGAAGAAGACCCUUGCCAACCAAAAGCACAUGUGAAGUAAAGCCAAUACAUUUGGCAUGAUGAUACCAUGUCUAUGCUGUUCGACUACCCCCCAGUUUGCAGAGUUAUUUCACAACACCAUGCAUUUCAUCAUUUUUGCCUUCUGUAUUGAUUAGUCUAUUGAAUAGUGUUCUCCACUCUCCCUUGUUAUUUUGUGUUUGAGUCCUUUUAAAGCUAGUUGCAAAGUAGCUCUUCUUGUUUCCUUUUCCCUGAAAACUGUAAAAACUCAUAGUGCAAUUUGGUGAAUCUUCAGCUCAUCUUUAUUCAUUAGAUCAGGGGUCUUCAACAGGGGGUCCGCAACCCCUAGGGGGUCCGCGGAGGUACUGCAUGGGGGUUGCGAAAGUUUUGGUUGAUUAGACUUUUUUUUAAUAUUCCCCCCACCCCCCUGCAAUUUUUUCCACUAAUUGAAAUGUCUUUAAAUACACAUUAACAUGAAUUCAACACACUGUAGUAAACAGAUAAAUGGAGGCAGAAGAUGUCUUUCAGUCAUCAAUGCACACAUGGCACUAUAGGACCAGUUUGAUAUAACACAAUUUUAUACAAUAUAUAUAAUUAGGGGGUCCCCGCUCCAUCUCGCCAUCAGUUUGGGGGUCCUUGGCCUGGAAAACGUUGAAGACCCCUGCAUUAGAUCAUUGUAUAUAGACGUAUUUGUCAAUUUCUACAAAUUGAUAGUUUUCAGCUUCAGAACAUACAAUCCUGAGUUAAUGUCUUGACUUAACAUUAUAGGUUGAAAGAUUUGGUUAAUUGAUCAUAUCAAGAUUUGAAAAUAUUUUAAAUAUGAAAAUACUUUCCUGCAUGUUAUAUAUAUUAAAUGCAUUUUAAAAAGGUAAAAUACCAAUGACACACUAAUUACUGUCUUUAAAAUAUUCUUACAAGUUGUCACGUAACAAUUAGAUACAAUCAUGCAUUAGUGGAUUCAACUUAACACCUAUACUAGAUAUCUAUUUGUUUAUCUUCAGUGCAGUACAACAUCAGUGAAAUUACAAUCUUAAGGCAGCAAGAAAGCAUAUUUUUAAGUUGAAGUGCCUUAAUAUUUGUUGCAGUAAUGUAAUGAAAUGUUUCAAAAGAAACAACUUACAAAUUACUUACUGAUUUCUUUCAAAACGUUUUAGCUGUUCCUUUGCCCUUCUGUUAAAUUUUACGCUUAUGUAUUGAUACUUGUGUUCCGUCCUGUUUCACACUUCAAUUAAAACAGAAAACUAACUUUAGAGUGUUGUAUGUGGAGUGAUGUUUUAUUGUUGUAUUGCCACUUGUAUUAAGUCAAUUUCAGAGUUUAUAGCCGAGUCCAUACACUGCACCACUACGUAUUUUUGCAUUGUAUAAUGUGUUUUUUGUUGUUUUACGUGUGUAUUUAGCAACAUUUAGCUGAGCUAACAGGUUGCUACAACGCUUGUGAAUGAAUAAAAUGAGCAAUACUGAUAUUGCUGAAACUGUGA